AUGAAGCUGGCAACCCUUCUUUCGUUGCUUCCAUUGGCUCUAGCAGUCCCAGCACCGCUGGAAAAACGAGCAAACCCUACCGUCGUUGCUCCCUCGCCUCAAGCCACGGUUGCUGGCAUCAACGUAUUGGGUGUUGAGUCUUUCAAAGGCAUACCAUACGCACAGCCUCCGAUCGAUCAGCUACGACUAAAGCCACCUCAGCCCAUAACUUCCUCCCUGGGAAAGGUCGACGGAACCGGCAUUCCAAAAGCAUGCCCACAGUUCUUCUUCAGCAUAGAUGAGAGGAAUAUCCCCACCAACGUCUUAGGCACUAUCCUAAACCUACCACUUCUCCAGACCGUCACAAAUGCUGGAGAAGACUGCCUUACUAUCAACGUACAGCGCCCCGCUGGUACCAAAGCUGGCGAUAAACUUCCGGUACUAUUCUGGAUCUUUGGUGGCGGGUUCGAACUUGGAUCUACUGCAAUGUAUGAUGGAACAAGCCUUGUAGCCGAAUCAGUCGCUCAAGGCAAGCCCAUCGUAUUUGUUGCGGUCAACUAUCGCGUGGGCGGGUUUGGCUUCAUGCCUGGGAAAGAGGUACUCGCCGAUGGCUCCGCCAAUCUAGGGCUACUAGACCAACGAUUGGGCUUGGAAUGGGUUGCUGACAACAUUGCCGCAUUCGGUGGAGAUCCUGAGAAGGUCACGAUCUGGGGAGAGUCUGCAGGUGCUAUCUCCGUGUUGGAUCAGAUGAUGCUUUACGAUGGCGACAACAACUACAAUGGCAAGCCGCUAUUCAGAGCUGGCAUCAUGAACUCGGGUUCGAUAGUUCCAGCUGAUCCCGUUGACUGCCCCAAAGGUCAAGCGAUUUACGACAGGGUCGUUGAAGCAGCUGGAUGUGCCAGCUCCGCCGAUACCUUGGUCUGUCUCCGCACAGUGCCAUACACCAAGUUCCUCAAUGCCGCCAAUACUGUCCCGGGUAUCUUGGGCUACUUCACAGUCAAUCUUUCCUACCUCCCUCGCCCCGAUGGAAAGGCACUCUCGGAUUCUCCCGAUGCCCUUGUCAAAGCUGGAAAGUACGCCAAAGUACCCUUCAUCGUUGGUGACCAAGAAGACGAGGGUACUCUCUUUGGUCUCUUCACUUCGAAUUUGACUACAACCAAGGAAGUAACGACCUAUCUCUCAACCAUUUUCUUCCAGAAUGCUUCACCAGCGCAAGUCGAACAGCUAGUAGGCAGCUACCAAACUAUCACCGAGGACGGCUCGCCCUUCCGCACUGGCCUGCUCAACAACUUCUACCCGCAAUUCAAGCGCGUCUCCGCUAUUCUCGGCGACGUUACCUUCACCCUCACACGUCGCCUCUUCUUGGAAGUCACUGGUCAAGUCGCACCCGAUGUACCAUCCUGGUCCUAUCUCGCGACAUACGAUUUCGGUACACCCAUUCUAGGAACAUUCCAUGGCUCCGACAUCCUGCAAGUUUUCAAUGGCAUCUUGCCCAACAAUGCCGCGAAGACUAUUCGAGGUUACUACUACUCAUUCGUCUACGACUUGGACCCCAAUGAGGGCAACACUUUUAUGGACUGGCCGAAGUGGAGUGAGGGCAGGAAGCUGAUCAACUUUGGAGCGAAUAAGAACAGCUACCUCGACGAUGACUUUAGGGGUGAUACACACGAAUUCUUGGCUCAAAACGUAGCGAGUUUGAGGGUUUGA